AUGAGACCGUACGCUCUUGCCCUCCUCGCUGCGCCCGCGCUUGCCGCGCAUCGCACCGCCCGCGACGCGAUCGAGAGCAUCUGCACCAAGAACAACAUCAUCACCACCGACGACUUCAUCCUCUACAACAACCUCUGGGGCGAGGACUACGCCACCUCCGGCUCGGAGUGCACCUACCUCGACUAUGUGAGCGGCAACUCCAUCUCGUGGCAGACCUCGUGGACCUGGGCCGGCGGCGCCGACUACGUCAAGAGCUACCCCAACGCGGUGCUGAACGUCGGCGCGAAGCAACUCAGCUCCAUCACCAGCAUCCCCACUACGUGGUCGUGGAGCUACACCGGCACCGACCUCAAAGCCGACGUCUCCUACGACGCCUUCUUCUCCACCACCGCCUCCACCACCGCCACCCAUGAGUACGAGGUCAUGGUCUGGCUGGGCGUGUACGGCGGCAUCGAGCCGAUCGGCAACGCGGACGGUCCGAUCGCCAGCCCGACCAUCGGCGGCCGCGUGUGGGAUCUGUACAAGGGCCCGAACGACUGGACGGUCUUCAGCUUCGUGGCCCGUGAGAAUGUCCAGGACUACUCCGGCGAUAUCAUGGACUUUUUCAACUAUCUGAUCGACAACGAGGGCGUCUCAUCGAGUCUGUACCUCCAGACGCUUGGGGCGGGAACGGAGCCGAUGACGGGGUCGGAUGCGUGGUUUACUGUUGCGCCGUAUGAGAUUAGCAUUAACGCUUAG